AUGAAUUACAGCAAAAUAACUAACUCAUCUAGUAUAGAUUUUUUUACCUUGUCUGGCUUCAGUGCGACUGUCAACUACAAAUUCACAAUUGUCUCUCUCACUUUACUAUGUUAUUUUCUCAUUGUGGUGGUUAACUUUUGUAUCAUUAUCACCAUUAUCUUGGACACAAAUUUGCAUGAACCCAUGUAUGUUAUUUUGUGUAAUCUGUGCGUUAAUGGACUUUAUGGGACUGCAGCCUUUUAUCCUAAAUUUGUUUUUGAUCUGCUGUCUGAUAAUCAAAUCAUAUCAUAUGUGGGAUGCUUUCUACAAGUGUUUGGGAUAUACUCUUAUGCAUCAAUAGAUUUCUCUGUGUUAGCUCUUAUGGCCUAUGACAGAUAUGUGGCUAUAUGUCGACCUCUGGAGUAUCACUCAAUAAUGUCUGUGCAAAGGACCGCUGUGCUUAUUGCUCUCUCCUGGCUUGUCCCUCUCUCCUGUGAAGUGAUGGUUAUUACUUUGACAUCUAAACUAACAUUAUGUGGUUCUCAGAUAGAUAAACUCUAUUGUGAGAACUGGUCAAUUGUCAAACUUGCUUGUAGUUCAAAUGCAGUAAACAGCAUUAUUGGAUUGAUCGUAGUGACUUUCUAUAUUGCGCAUGUUGUCUUCAUCUUUUGUUCUUAUGUGCAGUUGGUCAAAUCAGCUUUAAAAUCCAAGGAUGUUAUGAGAAAGUUUACACAGACAUGUGUUCCACAUUUGUUUUGUCUGUUUAAUGUCACUGCAGCUUUGCUUUUUGACAUUAUGUACUCACGGUAUGGGUCAGCAUCUGUGUCACAGAGUGUAAGGAACUUCAUGGCUAUACAAUUUCUCCUGGUGCCCCCUAUUCUCAACCCUGUUAUCUAUGGACUGAUCCUGACUAAAAUUAGAUACAAAAUUAUAAAGUUGGUUAUGAUUGCAGGUCAGAGAAUGAAGUUAGGAAGGAAGCUUUGA